GGCCGUGCCAGGUAGGAGAGGCGAGCACCGGACAGGCAGGACACCGGCUCCAGCGCUGCGCAAAGUCUCCGCAACUUUUGCUCCAACUCGCUAAUUUCAGGUGAACUUCGUGCGGCGGGUGGGGACCGAACCGAUGGCGAACGCGGGGCUGCAGAUCCUGGGCUAUACCCUGGCCAUCCUGGGCUGGAUCGCCGUGGUGGCCAGCACCAUCAUGCCUCAGUGGAAGAUGUCGAGUUACGCCGGGGACAACAUUAUCACGGCGCAGGCGGUGUACCAGGGGCUGUGGAUGAACUGCGUCUUCCAGAGCACCGGGCAGAUGCAGUGCAAGGUGUACGACUCGAUCCUGGCGCUGGGAGCAUCCCUGCAGGCGACCCGUGCCCUGAUGGUAGUGGGGAUUGUGGUUGGCAUCCUGGCACUUGGCAUCAGCACCGUGGGCAUGAAGUGCACCAAGUGCGGCGGUGACGACAAAGUGCGCAAGGCCCGUAUCGCCAUGAGCGGGGGCAUCGCCUUCAUCCUCGCAGGGCUCUGUGUGCUGAUUGGUGCCUCCUGGUUCGGGAAUCAGAUCGUGCGAGACUUCUACAAUCCACUCACUCCUGUGAACACAAAGUAUGAAUUUGGAUCUGCCAUCUUUGUCAACUGGGCUGGCGCAGCUCUGGUGCUGAUUGGCGGUGGGAUGCUCAGUUGCUCCUGUCCCAGGAAGAGCGGCUAUCCUAGCUCCUAUCCAAAAUCCAAGGCUCGUUCCAAGGCCUCCAGCAACAAGGAGUUUGUCUGAGGUUGGGAUAGACUUGAAGCCUGGGCAGCUCUGGAAAGUGUGUCCCAGCCAGAGGUUUUCUUUAAAUGGAAACCACCUCCAAGAACUGUUGACUGAAGGAUUGUCUCUGGGAUGUGCAGAAUGAAGAGAGAAUUUGUGACUUAAGCAGAGCAUUGUAAAUUUUGUGCUUUAAGUUGUUAUUAUUUUAAACAUUUAAUGUGUGGAUUUUUUUUGUUUAGAGGCUUUUUUUAAAACUGAGGGAGGGAGAGGGGUUUUGGCGGGGUGUGAUAGAUUUAAUUUUUGUGCAGGAGUAGCACUGGAUGAGAACUUUCUGGAAUAAAAAUGCAUCGUGAAUAUUUCAAACACUUGUUUGCGGAGGGCACAAGAUUAGUGGGAGGGGUGGAUCAAACUGUGACUCUACUGGCCAGCUUGCCCUGAGUGAGCUUGGGCCAUUGGCAUGGCCUCCAGACUGUGUCUAAUGGGGUCACUUUUAAUUGGGAGAGGGGUGGGUGUGUCCAGAAGUGUGGGGAGACUGGGAGCUGCUUCAGAUCUCUGCUGGGAAAUGCUCUGAUAACUGCCACACUGAUCCUGGGUUGUACUGGAACCAGCAGCAAGGUGCACGAUCUUCCCAAUCCUUCAGUGCCUGCAACCCUCCACUGCUUCUCUCUCCAAACUCCCUUUUACUUGUCCCUACUGAUACACCCACUCCACUCGGCUCAGUCCUGUCUCCCGCACACCCUCCCACAGGUGUAGAAUCAAACUCCUGCCGCACUGCUGGACAGUAUAACUCUGGUCUGUGAUCUGCUGCUCGCUGAGGGAGAGAAUUGUUACCGAGGAUGUCGGUGGAUCCGUUCUGCGAGGGAGACCCCAUUCCUGCUUCUCCGAGAGGCUCACUGUUCAGGUCCUGUGACAUCCUAGUUGGGGUCCAAUGCGACUGUUCCUUCUGUGGAAGUCGGGGGUUCAAAAACAAUUUCUGCUCGCUUAAGCCUCCUGUCAGCAGUCGGGGGGGUUUUCAAGAGUGGUCCUGUUUUAUAUUUAAAAUGCGUACCUGUACAUUUUUUUGUCAUAAAUAAAGUUCAUAAUCUGC